CCAAAGGUGCCCCACAUCUUGUUUUCUGAUAUUUGGGCCAUAUUCAGUAUUUACCACACUUUAGGGUCACAUCCAGAUUACACGUUGCCGUGAGCACCACAUCUUUGCCUAAAAUGGCCCACAUGCUAUUUGGGCCAUAUUUGCUAUUUUACUUCUGGGCAAUUUCAGGCUCGUAUCCAUAUUGUCCAGGCGACAAGAAGGCCAUCAGUGCCUGAAGUGGCCCACAUCUGGGGUGUAAUUAAUAGUUUACUGAAGGGGAAUUGAACUCUGGUCAUGGUAGUGAGAGUGCUGCAUGCUAGCCACUAGUCCACAUGGGAACCUUUUUUAAGGUUUUCAUGUUACCCUGAUAACAGAUCAGAGAAAUGUAUUAAAAGCUUAUACAGUAGCUUUUGGAAACACUGCUACUCUCCAUAACUCCUGCAACUGCCUUUUGACUUCUCUAUCCACAUGCUGUUUCCUACUGAUCACUUUUUUCACUUUUUGUGUGUUAGGGGUCAGCGUCUGCAAAACUUGCCUCUUUUUUUUGCAAUAUUCAAGUCAAUCAUAGAAGAAUAAACACUAUAGAGUUGUAAUUUCAGUGGUUACACUCAAUAUUUCAAUGUUUAAUUGGAACAAAAAAGGGUGCUCAUUGUUUAAAGAUCUAAUGCCAAGUAACAUAAUUCUUGACAUUUGACAAACAAUUUAUUACAUGGUAUGUGUUUUGUUUUUUCUUUUCUUUUUUUCGUUUCUUCAAAUGAGAUUUGUGAUUGGGAGUUUGUUAGAGUAGACCUCCUCCAAGCUGUAGUUACUCUCCAGUCCAGGUGGUGGCGGUAACACGCCCGAUAGCUGCUUCUCCAGCCGCCAGAAAACACAGAAGAAGACUGUUUUCUCCUGUGACAGCUGCUAUCUGACCAAGCUAAUCAUUUCUACGUUACAAUAUUUCAUAGUUAGAACAGAUUGUGUUAAAAAUAAAAGCUGGUGGUUGUGUCGGAUUUUGAAGUUGUAAAACGCCGUUCUGCUUCAAAACCUGAGAGGUGUUAUAAUGAGAUCAGCAGGAGACAGACCGCGUUCCUCCAGAAAGUCUCGGGCCCCUGAUCCUGCUCCUUCACAGACGAGGUUAAAGCCAAAUGGAAAAACCUAAGAGAUGCAUACACGAGGAAAAAAAGAGAUCAUCGUAAAAGAGUGUCGUAGUGGGCAGGCUGCCAAAAAGAAAAAAACAUGGAAAUUUGUGAAGAUGGAGUUCCUUACUGCUUCUACAGAACCACGAAGCUGUCUGAGGAGGUGACGGAGACUUCAGCUGCAGGGACAUCAGGCAAAGUGGACCAGCAGAAUAGAGGAGUCCAUCUGAAGCCAACACCUGAUGGCGGUGUGAAGAAAGAGGAGUCGCUGGAGCUGAACGGCUACAACCAUGAAGAUGACCUGAACAACACACCUGACGUUAUCUCCAUAAAAGUGGAAGAAGAUGACACUGAAGACUACCUCUACUGUGAGGUUUGCAAAUCCUUCUUCUUCAACAAGUGUGAGGUUCACGGACCGCCCCUCUUCAUCCCUGAUACUCCUGUUCCCAUGGGAGUCCCUGACCGAGCCAGACAAACUCUUCCUCCUGGACUAGAGAUUCGGAAGUCCGGUAUUCCUGAUGCAGGUCUGGGAGUGUUUAAUAAGGGGGAGACUGUUCCAGUAAGUGCACACUUCGGACCCUACCAAGGAGAGCUGGUAGACAGCGAGGAAGCCAGUGGAUACUCCUGGGUGAUAUACAGGAGCAGCCAGUGUCAGGAAUACAUAGAUGCCAAAAGAGAGAUGUAUGCUAACUGGAUGAGGUAUGUGAAUUGUGUUCGUAAUGGUGAAGAGCAGAAUCUUGUGGCGUUUCAGUAUCAAGGAGGGAUUCUGUAUCGUUGCUGUCGACCCAUUGAUCCAGGACAGGAGCUCCUGGUGUGGUACGACGAGGAGUACCCUAAAGAUCUCGGCUCUACGUUUGACUCACUCUGGAACAAAAAGUGCUCUGCAAAUGAAGUAAACAACACUCUGUUACAAGUCUUCUCCUGCUCCUCGUGUCCACUUUCCCACACAUCUCAAAUUGACCUCCACAAACACAUCCAGAGAUGCCACUACGAAGACUAUGUAAGACUACAGAAAUCAGGAGAGAUUAAACACAAGAUUCUUCCCAUAAAAGGUCAGCAAACCUCAUCUACCACUCUCGGCUCGAACGCCGCUCACAAAAAAAUGCAGAAGGAAGUUCACCACUGCUCAGAUUGUGGAAAGAGUUUUACACAUGCGAGUGCUCUCAAAUCACACCAGCGCAAUCACACAGCAGAGAAGCCACAUCACUGCUCACUGUGUGGGAAAAGUUUUACUUAUCAGAGUGGUCUCAGAACACACCAGCGCAUUCACACAGGAGAGAAGCCGUAUCGUUGCUCAGAGUGUGGGAAGAGUUUUGCGCAACAAGGUACUCUCCAAACACACCAGAGCAAUCACACGGGAGAAAAGCCGUAUCACUGCUCACAGUGUGGGAAGAGUUUUGCGUACCAGAGUCAUCUUCAAAUACACCAGCGCAUUCACACAGGAGAGAAGCCGUAUUGCUGUUCACAGUGUAAGAGGAGGUUUAAUCAACAGAGUGCUCUCCAAAGACACCAGCGCCUUCACACACAACAAAAUCUGCAUCACUGCUCACAGUGUGGGAAAAGUUUUACUCAACUGAGUAAUCUCAAACAGCAUCAGCGCAUUCACACCGGAGAGAAGCCGUUUAAUUGCUCACAGUGUGGGAAGAGUUUUAAUCGUCAGAAUCAUCUCCGUCGACAUCAUCGCAUUCACACUCAAGAAAAGCCGUAUCAGUGCUCCCUAUGCUGGAAAAGUUUUGCCGAUGGAGGUAAUCUCAAAAGACACCAGCGUAUACACACAGGAGAAAAACCAUAUUAUUGCUCAGAUUGUGGGAAGAGCUUUACUGACCAAAGUACACUCCAACAACAUCAGCGUAUUCACACAGGAGAAAAGCCACAUCACUGCUCGCAAUGUGGGAAGAGUUUUACUCACCUGAGUACUCUGCAAACACACCAGCUCAUUCACGCAGGAGAAAAGCCACAUCGCUGCUUACACUGUGGGAAGAGCUUUAAUCGACCGAGUGCUCUCCAACAACACCAGCGCAGUCACGCAGGAGAGAAGCCGUAUCAUUGCUCACAGUGUGGGAAGAGUUUUACUAUAGAGAGUGCUCUCCAACGCCACCAGCGCAUUCAUACUGAAGAUGGGCUGUGUUACUGCUCACAGUGUGGACAGAGUUUCACUUAUCUAAGUAUGUUUAGAAACCAUGGAUGCAAUGCCACAGAGUCAUUACAUGAGUUGAAGCUGUCAAAUUAAAAAAUACAUUGAUUACUGUUUGGGAUUAAAAUGUGUAAUGUAAAGUGUUUGCAUUUUAUUGAGUCAGGUCUUCUAAAGUCGAGUAUCUCAGAAUGGCGGUUCUGUGCCUGGUGAAGUUUGAUCUGGAAAUCCUUAGCGGAGAGGUCCAGUCCAUAGACAUGAGACCUUCUUGAGUGAGUUAAUUGUAGACCAGUAGAUUUGUCAUCCGGGAUGGUGGACAGUAGCGUGUCAAAUUCAUCGUUGAACUUCCCCAGUUGACCCGGAGGACGGUAAACAACAAUAAAGUGCAUUUUGGCAGGGUCAGUGACUGUAACAGCAUGAAAUUCAAAGGAAGUGUAUGAGCAAGAGGGAGAAAGACAAGUAAAUUUUCAUGUUUUGGAGAGAAGCAAACCUGUACCACCCUCUCGUCUGUUGGGACGCGAGGUAUGGGAGAAGUUGGAGGCUAGGGCAGCAGGUGUGGCAGUGUUCUCAGUAUGGAUCCAGAGCCAGCACACUGAGGUUGGAGUGGGUUGCAAAGGCAGGAAUGAAAUCUGCCUUGUUGACGGCAGAUUGGCAGUCCUGAAGUCCGAUGGAGAACGAGAGGGAAUCUGCAGAGGCCACAUUCAGAGAUCGUAGAUUGUCCAAGUUGCGCACUUUUCUGGGAGUGUGCCGCAGUCUGCGCCUGUGGCAAAUAACACGGAUAAACUGGUGACAUGUUAGUGUGUAAGCAGAUAAACAGUGAGCGGAAGAACGGGAGAAAAUUAUACUUAGCAGCGAGAGUGGUGUCUUGUUGGUGUCCUUGCUCGGUGGAGUCGCAGGUCUUUACACGAAUUCGGUCUUCACGCAAUAAGGGCUGAACGAGCGACUCCCGACCGAAAAUGAAUAUAUGAAUACCAGAAUUAGCUUUAAUCUAGCAACCUGUAAACAGCUCGUAGCAACAAGAAAGCGCAGUUACAGCUUCUAUCUGACAAUCUGUGCUAAAACUAGUUUCAACUAAAAAAAUCCAGAAACACUUACUAGUUACUGUUCACCUGGGUGAAUAAUCGCUUUUUCUUCAGUAAAAAAAAAAAAAAAAAAAAAACAACUGUUGAGUGCACAGUGGCUUAGUGGUUACCACGUUCGCCUGACAAUUCUUCUUUAUUAUUAUUAUUAUUAUUAUUAUUAUCAUUAUUAUUAUUAAUAAUGAUGAUAAUAAUUUCCUUUAAUAUUCUUACAUACAGACAUAUGGCUUUACAUAAAAGCAUUCAUUAUAUUAUAAUUUUGUGUAUACUCACAAGCCCGGUGUGUAUUUACAUUUUAAAUCUGGAUUUCUGUAAAGUUGCUUUGUGAUAAUGUCCAUUGUUAAAGGCAUCAAUAACAUCACUAAAUAUAGGUCAUUAUGUGUCAUGUCAUUCUAUCAACAUUAUAGAAGAUCUACUUCUGACUUUAUGAUCUUUUACAUAUGGUUUGAUUUUCUACAUUGACUAAAAUUAUUUCCAAAAGUCUGUACCUGCAAAUCACUACUGGCAUUUUAUGUUUAGCAAAUAAAAUGAGGACUAAAUAUCACAUUGUAGAAAGUUUGACACUUUCCUUUUAAUAACUGCAUGCAUCAGCAUGGGAUGCACAAACACACUGUGUUUCAGGAAAAGUGAUUGGUUUAACCACAGUUAAUCUAGCUCCACAUAAAAUGUUUAAAUAAACAAGCAUAAGUAAAAUUUACGUGUUUAAUCAUGAGAUUUUAUAAACAUGAAAUUUAAAUAAAAAUCCAUUUUAAAUUAUUGUAGUAUGAAUCAAACCAUGAGUUCACCACAGCGCUACCCCACUAGCUUCGUGGUGGCCAUCGCUCCACUUUUAUGCUUCGUGUUGGACGUUGUGCCACCCCAAAGCUAUACAGAAGAGGUCCCUCUGCCUCAGUGCCUUGUGGAGGACAACACGUUUCCUGCUAGCAAUGCUAUCGGUAUCGCUCCCAAAGAAUCUUGUCGGCCUAAGGGCAUUUUUCAGCUAAGAGACAUCUCGCAUGAAUCUCCCCCUCUUGACUCCCCUCUUGGUCAAGCUUUUGUUGUUUGUUGUAUUGUCAUUUGUUGUGUGUGCUACAGUAGUGAUGGUGAGAUGAAGCUUUGCAAAGCAAGGCUCUCCCCUCAACUGUACCAUAAAAUGGUUCAUUACUCGAAGCUUUUCAACAGGGUGCACUCUAAUGACACCUUGUGGUCAAAAGGUUGAAAUGCUGCCUUUGUGUCCCAGGGGACCCUGACAUUUUUAUUGUUUCAUGUAAUAAAUCAGUCACUUUGUAAUCUGAAAACCAUAAAUGCAAUAACAAUUAGACUUUCAUGUGUCUGUAGUACUUACACAAUGCAUAUGAAUAAAUUUAUAAAUUCUUUCAUAAAUGGGUAAAAUUAACUUGUACUGUAGCAAUUUUUAUGAAUCUGCUUUGAUUGACACACCACCUAAUUCACAUAAGGUUUUGCUUUAGUCCUAAUCCUGGGUUCAUAGGUAAAGCUCAUGUAAGCAUAUAUAUGAUGAAAAGAAAUUAAGAUUAUAGUGGAAUGGUCAGUUGAAGUGCUUGUGAAUUGAGGUGUUAACAUUUUAUGUCGGAAAUUUAACAGUGUGGGGGCUAUGUUUUUUUUUGUCUUUUUUGUUUUUUGUUUUUUGUUUUUUGUUUUCUACUUCCCCUGGCAUUCAGAAUAUUUUCUCCCACUUGUCUAUAUGAUACUGCAACAGCAGUAGCCUUUCUCUUGCUGUUGUUCUGGAUUUAAAAUGAGCUGCAAUCUUUCGUGCAUUUACUUUAAUAUCCUCAAUCCCUAGUGGUUGUUCUAUGGCCAUUUUCACAACUAAGUUCAGGGCAUGUGCUAAUUAUUAAUAAACAUACUUUAUGACCUGAAAAGGCUGACAGACUUCAGAACGGCCUGUUUUCUUGGCUGGUUCCAUACUUGCAAUUCAAAAGAAUUUUGUUUUACUUUCUCAAUUCACUACCGAAGUUAGUGACUCGAAACCUGUGCAAGGGAUUUACACCAUUUUAAUUGGAAUAUGAAGCAGUCAGAUGGUUGUGUGCGGAAACGACGCUUCGGACAACAGAUCACUUGGUUAUGGCAAAAAGAAUCAAGCUCCGGUUCAGUGCUUUACUGUGAUGUUUUGUUCUUUUGAUAUACGCUUCGAAGCCUCAGUAGUGAACGUCACACUCUUAUGCCACAGUAUCACUUCUCCUUUGUAUGUUUUUUUUUUCUUCUUGGAUCCACAUGCCACGAAUCAUGCCUCUGUGGUUCCUCCUGCUCACCACCAGAGGGCACCAUCACCUGAGUAUUAAUUCCUGGACUCUAUUUCCCAUAACCCUGUACACGGAACUGAUUGCUCCCACACCUGUUUUCUAUUUAUCGGACUAUUUACGACUCACUCUCUCACUGGCCCAUUGUGAAGUCUUGUUUUUGCCCUGGCUGACAUUACUAAGUGUUUAUCUGUUAGUUUGCGUUGCCUGUUUUUGACCGUCGACUGUUUAGUGUGUUUUUGAGUAUUUUUCUAAAGCUACAUUGGUUUGGCUAUUUCCUGUUCUUGCUUGCUGCCUGCCCUGUUACCAGUUUUUGAUCACGUCUCUGGAUUUACCUUGGAUAUUGAGUUUGCCGGUGAUCUACUUCUUUGUCUAUACGUUUGCUGUUGUAUUUAAUAAAGCUGUACAUGGAUCCUCACUCCGUUGAAUCCGUUAAGGUUUUUGCUUGUUUGCUUACUUAAUAAAUUGUCUGCACCUGUAUCCUCCUCUUCUACCAUUCUGUACUGCGGUUAAGCAGCCGCUCUUCCUGAAAGCGCAGUAACUCUAGCCGCACGUACAUUUUAGGGGCGCGGCUUUUACACACUUUACACGGUAACAGCACCGAACGCGGAAAACAAGC